AUGCUCGGCUUCGCCGCGGACGUGAGCGAGCCCUCCUUGCUUGCCCGCAACCACUUCCCCUCCAAGCUCGGCGGCGCUCCUGCGUGGCUCGACCCCGUCAACCUUCCGACCGAGAGGCAGCUCCGGUGUGGCGCAAGCGGCGAGCCGCUGCGCUUCGUGGCGCAGGUGUACGCCGCCGCGUCGGACGAGCCGCACGCCUUCCACCGCUCCAUCCUCCUCUUCCUCUCGCCGCACGGCCCGUCGCUCUCGCGGCCCGGCGCCGUCCGUGCCUUUCGCUGCCAGCUGCCGCGAGACAAC